AGGCCAAGCUAUGGUUGGGAGCGCGGGCGUCAGAACUCUCUGCGCAGGCGCACUGGUACCCCGACCCGAAGAGGCGCCGUCUUCCUGGGUCCUGAGCAAUCUGUGCCGGAGAGGUGGAAAAUGGAGCACCAGGUGUGGAUGGACUUUCUGCGAGACAGCAAGAACACUGUACACAGUCUGAGCGCUGGGCAGCGUGAGAAACUUGCCGAAACAGUCAAAAAGCUUCAGAGAAAUAAAGAGAAGAGGACUGUUGGAAUCAGAGCUCAUAAAUGGCUUGGCAGUUUUCAAGCAUACAGUUUCAGGACUUGGCUCUUCUCUGCAAGGAGAACAUCCUGGAGGGAAUGGCUGCUGUGUCUCCAACCAGAUGCCAGGACCCAGUGACAUUCGAGGAUGUGGCCGUAGUUUUCACAGAUGAAGAGUGGAGGCGUCUGGUCCCUACUCAGAGGGACCUCUACAAGGAGGUGAUGCUGGAGAACUACAAGAGCAUCGUCUCAUUGGCAGGACUUCCAAUACCCGGACCUGAUGUGAUUUUUCAGUUGAAGAGAGGGGACGAGCCUUGGCUAGUGGAGUUUCAUGGAUUUGAGGGGAAAGAAGGUGCAGAGAAUGUCUCUCUAGAUUGGGAGACUAAGCCUGAGAUUCAAGGUGCUUCAGAAGAAGAAAAAUCAGAAGGAUCAUUGAAGGAAAAUCUUGGAAGAAAAGGUCCUCCAUCUCCUAAAGUUGAAGUUUAUGUACUGGAUGGCAGGUUGGGAACAGAGAAGGAAAGCCCUACAGUUGAGGCCUGCAAGAAACCCCUUUCUCUGGAGGAAAGCUUGCGGCACAGGGCAACCCCUCCCAAGAAAUUUCUCACUAAAGAGAGAGACCAGGAAUGCAGUAACUGUGGGAAGACCUUUUUUGACCACUCCUCCCUCAUCCGCCAUCAGAGAACUCACACUGGUGAGAAGCCCUAUGACUGUCCCGAGUGUGGGAAAGCCUUCAGCCACAGGAGCAGUCUCAGCAGACACCUGAUGUCACACACAGGAGAGAGCCCCUACGAGUGCAACGCCUGUGGGAAAGCUUUUUUCGACCGCUCGUCUCUGACUGUACAUCAGCGAAUUCAUACUGGAGAGAAACCCUUCAAAUGCAGCGAGUGUGGAAAAGCCUUCUUUGACCGCUCAUCCCUUACCCGCCACCAGAGAAUCCAUACUGGAGAAAGUCCUUAUGAAUGUAACCAGUGCGGGAAAGCCUUUAGCCAGAAAAGUAUUCUUACGCGACACCAGCUAAUCCACACAGGCCGAAAGCCAUAUGAAUGUAAUGAGUGUGGGAAAGCCUUCUAUGGGGUCUCGUCACUGAACAGACAUCAGAAAGCCCAUGCUGGAGAGCCUCGCUACCAGUGCAGCGAGUGUGGGAAGGCUUUCUUUGACCGCUCCUCCCUGACUCAGCACCAGAAGAUUCACACUGGAGACAAGCCAUAUGAAUGCAGCGAAUGUGGGAAAGCCUUCAGCCAGAGGUGCCGGCUCACACGACACCAGAGAGUUCACACAGGAGAGAAGCCGUUUGAAUGCAGCGUGUGUGGGAAAGUCUUCAGUUCUAAAUCAUCAGUUAUUCAGCAUCAACGACGUUACGCCAAACAGGGAAUAGACUGUCGAGCCUGGGGUCCAGGAGGGCUGAGUGCGUGUUCUCUUGAGUCUGAGUGCCCCGAAGGAGGGCCGGGUAGGGCGCCCGGUGGAGGGCGCCGAGCAGCCCAGCGAGGGUCGCGCGAGCGUUCCCGGGCCUCUAGGUGGACUGGCGCGGUGGACCCCAGGCCCCUCGCGGGUUCGCCGCUCACUUUUCCCGCAGUCGUCACCAGCGCUAGCGUGGAGAGAGUCACCAUGGAGCCGAAGGGCAGAGGGUCACUUUCUGAGGAUUCAGACCUUCCUCAGGCUGGAAACCCCAAAGAAAAUGGCCUGACCACUGUGCUGCUGACCUGUGCAUCCCAGGGAUCGAUGAUGAGGGACAUGGCCGAGGCUCUCACCCAGUGGGAACAGCUGAACCCUCCGCAGGGAGGUGAGCCUAAGAAGCCUAGGAAUCUGGUCUUGCUCGGGCUUCCAAUUUCCAAGCCUGAUGUAAUCUCUCAGUUGGAGAGUGGGGAGGCGCUGGAAAGAAAAGUCUCAAAAGCAGCUAAUCCAGACUGGGGUACAGGACCACAGAGCAAGGAGGUAACCCCAGAGCAGGACAUUUCUGAAGAAGAAUCAACCCCUGGGGUGUUAGUAGAGAGAUUUCCAAAGGAAAGUUCCAGUGAAUGUGAAGAUUCUUUAAAGAAUCAGCAGGAAAACCAUGAGAAACAUUUAAUACAAGAGGUUGGCCCUCAAACGAAACCUUCUGGGGAGAGAAGCUACCAGUGUGAUGAAUUUGGAAGAAAUUUUAGUCGGAGGUCAUUACUUGUCCAACAGCAAGGAGAGAGACGACAUAGUCGUGAUUUAUUUAAAAAGAACUUGAAGCAAAAUUCAGAUCUAACGAAACAUGAGAAAAUCUGUGCAGGAAAGAAACCUUGGAAGUGUAAUGAGUGUGAGAAGGCCUUUAGUUACUACUCAGCUUUUGUCUUGCAUCAGCGAAUUCACACAGGAGAAAAACCCUAUGAAUGUAAUGAAUGCGGUAAAGCCUUCAGUCAGAGCAUACACCUGACUCUGCACCAGAGGGUUCACACAGGAGAGAAGCCUUAUGGAUGCCACGAAUGUGGGAAAGCCUUCAGCCACCGCUCAGCCCUUAUUAGGCAUCACAUAAUACAUACUGGAGAGAAACCUUAUGAAUGCAGUGAAUGCGGGAAGGCCUUCAAUCAGAGUUCAUACCUCACUCAACAUCAACGAAUUCAUACUGGGGAGAAACCUUACGAGUGUAAUGAGUGUGGGAAGGCCUUCAGCCAAAGCACGUUCCUUACCCAGCAUCAGGUCAUCCACACUGGAGAGAAACCCUAUAAGUGUAAUGAGUGUGGAAAAGCUUUCAGUGAUCGCUCAGGCCUCAUUCAGCACCAGAGAACUCAUACCGGGGAGAGGCCUUAUGAGUGUAACGAGUGUGGGAAGGCCUUUGGCUACUGCUCAGCCCUGACUCAACACCAGAGAACUCACACCGGGGAGAAACCCUACAAGUGCAGCGAUUGUGCCAAAGCCUUCAGUGACCGUUCAGCCCUUAUCCGUCAUCAGAGAACACACACUGGAGAGAAACCUUACAAGUGUAAGGACUGUGGAAAAGCCUUCAGCCAGAGCUCAUCUCUUACAAAGCAUCAGAAAACUCACAGUGGAGAAAAACCCUAUAAGUGUAAGGAAUGUGGAAAGGCUUUCAGCCAGAGUUCAUCCCUUUCUCAACAUCAGAAAACUCAUUCUGGAGGGAAAAUCAGAGAAUAUGGAAAAGCCUUUAGUGAGCAUUCAGCCUUCAACCAGCAAAAGAGAAUUGAUACAGGAUAAAAGCAAUGUAAAUGCAAUACAUUCACAACAUCCUUACUGAACAAUUACUAUAAUGCUGUGAGGGCUACAAAGGAAUUAAGAAUAUGUUACAAAAGAGAUUAAUUGAGAAGUCAUUGGUGAUAUGGGACAUAGCUUACUCAGAAUGUGAGAAAAGGGUUUUGCAUUUUUUAAAAAUAUCCUGUCAGAGGACACUGUGAAUUUCCCUAGGGAGAGAGGAAAAUUAUUUCCAACACCCUGAUGUGUAUGUAAGCUACCAAAUCCUUGCACAAGAAACAGGAUGUGCCAUGAUGGAAAGAGGACAUCUUGACUGGGCUAGAUGGUCUCAUAAUGCUAAGGGGAUGAUAUUUUAAAGGGAUAAAUGGUCCUUUUAGGCAAACUGAAGGGGUAGAAAUCAGAGGUUGGCAAUUUGCAUUGUCUGUCCAGAGUUGAGAGUGGUGGUGGAAGAGAUGUUGUCCUUGGUCUUAAAUACAAGAAUCAAGUGUGUGCUCAGUUGCUAAGUCGUGUCUAACUCUUUGCAACCCCAUGGACUGUAGCCCGCCAGGCUCCUCUGCCUGUGGGAUUUCCCAGGCAAGAAGACUGGAGUGGGUUGCCAUUUCCUUCUCCAGGGAAUCUUCCCAACCCAGGGAUCAAGCCUGCAUCUCCUGCAUUGGGAGGCAGAUUCUUUACCACUGAGCCACCUGGGAAGCCCUAUCUAAUAUAUAGUCAGUUUUAUUUCAUCCACAGUUACCCCAAAAUGUCAUUUACAGCUCCACCAUCUGUUUUCAAUCAGUGAUAACACAUUGCAUUUUCUUUGCCCUACCUCUGUAGGCUACUUCACUCUAGAAUGAUCUUUCAACUUCUUUUUGUCUUUCAUGACAUUAACAUUUUGAGGAGUCAAAGCCAGUCGUUUUGUGGAAUGUCCCACAAUCUGUAUUUUCUGAUUACUUUCUCAUGAUUAGAACCAGAUUAAGCAUUUUUAGCAAGAAAGCUACCUGACUGUUGUGUAAUCCUCAAAUCAUAUCAAGAAACUCAAAAUGCCAGUUUGUCCUGCUGGUAAGUUUGAUUACUUUGUUCACAUGUUUGUCCAAAUUCUCUCAUUAUAAUUAAUCAUCUCUCCUUUUCGACUUAAUAAGUCAUCUGAAUGUAUUACUUCCCAACAAAAGUUCACCUCA